CAAACAAAUUGGAUUUGUAGAUAUUGUUGGAACAGUACAGCUGUAGGGCAAAGAUUUUUGCAGACAGUGUUUUGGGUUCUCGAUUCCCUUCUCCCUCUUCCAAUAUUUCACUUUUUCACACUUUGGGUUUACCAUGUAUAUUUAAUUCAUUUUAAAUUCAAAAAGUGAAAAGAGAGUAGAUACAAAAUAGGGGUGGGGGUGGGGUUGGCGUUGGCGUGUAGUGCAGGUGCAAUCCGGCAUAAGCGCCACAAGCAAAGCCAGACGAGACCACACUGACAGACAAAAGAGAAAACUCGCUGCCACACCCAUCUCUCUCUUUCUCUCUCUCUCUGAGAAUCUACACCUCCACUGCGUGUGAAUCUGCCUUGCUCGUGCCACUCCUUCAUUCGCACCGUCUGUAGCAGUACGCAUACAAGCCCAUUAUUAUCUGACAAUAAUGAACGAGAAUGAGCAAGUGGUGCAUUACAUGGACAACAGCUACUCUUACCCUGUCUCUGAGGGUUAUGUUGAUUACUACAGUGGUGCUUCGACAGCCCCUUUGAGUUAUCUUAACUUCGCCCCAAUGCAUGAUCAGGAAUCUAUAUAUUGGUCAAUGCAUAUGAAUUCCUAUAAAUAUGGACAACCCAAUCCAGAGGGUUUCUAUUAUGGACUCUAUGAUGACAAUGACCUUGCUCCAAGAAUGGAUUCUAACAGGAGAGUUUGGGAACAUUCCUCAAUGGCAACCACAGAAGAUCCUAUAACUGUAGACAUACCACCUGAACAAAGUGUGGUUUCUGAGGUGCAUUCUAUUCCUGAGGAAAGUGUGGUUUCUGAAGUGCACUCUAUUCCCGAGGAAAGAUUACCAAAUGAUCAAGAUGCUGCCAAUGAUGAGGUUGCAUGGCAAGAUGAUAUUAACCCUGAUACCAUGACGUAUGAGGAACUGCUUGAUUUGGGCGAGGCAGUGGGAACCCAGAGUCGAGGACUUUCUCAAGAGCUCAUUGAUCUACUUCCGACCUCAAAACACAAGUCUGGUGGAAUUUUCUCAAGGAAAAAAUCUGAAGAGAGAUGUGUCAUUUGCCAGAUGCGGUAUAAAAGAGGGGACAGACAAAUCAAUUUACCGUGUAAGCAUGCUUACCACACUCAUUGUGGCUCCAAGUGGCUUAGCAUCAACAAGACAUGUCCAGUAUGCAACACUGUGGUAUUUGGUGAUGAUCAGCACAAUGAUUUGCCAAAUUGACUGGAAGUUCCAUAGAGAAGGAGCUAUUUCUUGCACAUUUGUGUUCUCUCUCAUACAUAGAAGAGCUUUGCAGAGUGUGUAGUUUACAAAAUCUAGUUCUAUUUGUCAGAGUGGCAUCCAAUUUUCUUUUGUUUUUCUUCUAACGCUAAGAAACUGCAAUCCCACCACAGUUCUUUUAAAUGAUUCUGAAAUCAACAUUUGUUCACCAUAUUCCAGUGUUUAUUUACAAUGACAACAGUUUUCAAGCAUCUUAUUUAUUUGUA